AUGGCCGAGGUGCGGCAGCGGCCCGGGCGCGGCCUCGGCGGGCCUGGACCCCAGGACAAGGUGCGGGGCGAGUCUGGGGGCGCGGGAGGCUCCUUGUCUGUCUGUCCCUGGCAGGAGUCCGAGUCCGAGAACAGGCUGGAUGGAGAGACGGCGUCGGACAGCGAGAGCAGAUCGGAGUUUGGAGGCUCCUCCACGGUGCAGACAUCAGAUGACACCCCAGAGGUCCUGAACAGAGCUCUGUCCAACCUGUCCUCGAGAUGGAAGAAUUGGUGGGUGAGGGGCAUCCUCACGCUGGCAAUGAUCACCUUCUUCUUCAUCAUCAUCUACUUGGGGCCCAUGGUCUUGAUGACAAUUGUGAUGUGUGUGCAGAUCAAGUGUUUCCACGAGAUCAUCACCAUUGGCUACAACGUGUACCACUCCUACGACCUGCCCUGGUUCAGGACACUCAGCUGGUACUUCCUGCUCUGUGUGAACUAUUUCUUCUACGGGGAGACGGUGACAGAUUAUUUCUUCACGCUGGUGCAGAGGGAGGAGCCCCUGCGGAUCCUCAGCAAAUACCACCGUUUCAUCUCCUUCGCCCUCUACCUGACAGGUUUCUGCAUGUUUGUCUUGAGCCUGGUGAAGAAACAUUAUCGCCUCCAGUUCUACAUGUUCGGGUGGACCCACGUGACGUUGCUGAUUGUUGUCACCCAGUCCCACCUCAUCAUCCACAACCUGUUUGAAGGAAUGAUCUGGUUCAUUGUGCCCAUCUCCUGCGUGAUCUGCAACGACAUCAUGGCCUACAUGUUCGGGUUCUUCUUCGGCCGCACGCCGCUCAUCAAGCUCUCCCCAAAGAAGACCUGGGAGGGUUUUAUUGGAGGAUUUUUUUCCACUGUUUUGUUCGGAUGGCUGCUGUCCUAUGUGAUGUCAGGGUACCGCUGCUUCACCUGCCCCGUGGAGUUCAACAACGACACCAACAGCUUCACGGUGGACUGUGAGCCCUCCGAGCUGUUCCAGCUCCAGGAGUACAACAUCCCCCUGGUGCUGCAGUCUGUGGUGGGCUGGAAGACGGUCCGGAUGUACCCCUUCCAAAUCCACAGCAUCGCCCUCUCCACCUUCGCCUCCCUCAUCGGGCCCUUCGGAGGCUUCUUUGCCAGUGGGUUCAAGAGGGCCUUCAAAAUCAAGGACUUUGCCAACACCAUCCCGGGGCACGGAGGGAUCAUGGACCGCUUUGACUGCCAGUACCUGAUGGCCACCUUUGUCAACGUGUACAUCGCCAGCUUCAUCAGGGGCCCCAACCCAAGCAAACUGAUCCAGCAGUUCUUGACCCUGAGGCCAGACCAGCAGCUCCACAUCUUCAACACGCUCAAAGCACACCUGGUUGACAGGGGAAUUUUGGGGAGCCUGGAGGACGCGUAGGCACCGGGAGAGCGGGACAGGACUGAGCACAGACAGGCCCCCAAGAGGAAAUCCCUGGCUUGCCUGAUUGAAGACAAUAACAAGGCCUCAUUUCACUGUAACUUUUCUUCCUUUCUUGGUAAAUGUUUGCAUUUGUGGUUUUUUUUUUUUUUUAAAAAUAAUAUAUUUAUAGAGCUUUGGUUCAAACGAGCAAAUCUCGGGUUUGGAGCUGAGGAGGAGUCAAGGUUUGGAAGGACUGUGGGCUGAAGCAGGAGGGUAGGACUGUGCUGAACCUUUGCAGUGUUUGGGCAGUGCUGAGCUUUCCCUGUGAGUGGGUUUUUGCAGGGAAUACAGAGCGUUGUCUGUGUGGAGCUGGCAGGGAAGUGACUCCGUGCCCUCCCCUGGCUGCUGUGCCAGGCUGGUGGCAGCUCUGGGGACCAGCCUUCUCUCCAGUGGGACCUGGGAAUGCAGUGGGAGUUCUCCCAGAAAGCUGUGGGGAUCUCCUUGCCCAGGCUCUGGUAAUUGGAAGAGGAUCUUGUACUAACCCAGCCCUGUUUCCUCUGCACAGCCAGGCACCUGCAGCUGCUCUCACCUGCUGGUUUUUGCAGUGCCUCUCACAUUCCCUCUUUUUUUGUGGCUGAUAUUUUGGCAGAUGAGACUUUUAUAACCAAUUAAACCAGGAACAGACUGGGGACAAGGAGCCAAGGAACUGGGAGUUGCACGUGGGAAUGUGGGAGGUUCAAAUCGCUUCAAAACUGCUUGGAGUAAAUAAGUUUUAAAGAGCAUUGAAGCUUCACUGAGUAAUUCCUGCCAAGUAAGAACAACCCUUAAUUAACUUGGUUCAUUUUCCCCCAUUAAAUAACCUUUAAGAACCACCCUUUUCCAUUUCUUGAUGGUUGGAAACCCCUCACUGGGAUAUUUUAGGCAAUUUGGGGAGCAGUUUCCAGCCUGUUUUCUUGCUGGUUGGGCUCUGGCUCUGCUGGGGCUCCACUGGGAGUUUUGUUUUCUUUUCAGGGAUCAUGUCUGUUUGUUACUUGAGUUGUAGAUGUUGUGCUGCUGAGUUUACCACGGUCUGUGUUGCAUUUCAGUCUGGGUUCAUUUCUCUGCAGGCUUCUGUCCUGCUUUGCUCACUGAAUCUUGUCAGAAAUAGUUUGUACUUAAUAGCUGCAAGUUUUACUGAAGUACUUUCCUUUAUUUUGUCAUACUUUUUUUAUUAUUUAAAAUGGAGAGCCCUAAUUGUAAAACUUUUUUUUUUCUUUUUUGUGCUCAAAUAGUGAAAAUAUCCCCAUUUCCACCUUAUACAAUGAUCCCAAACACGAGGUGACUCUUGAUUUUUCCUUCUUUCCAUAGUUUGUGCAUGGGAGAGAGAACUUUUACCUUAUUUUAACCUGGGGAAGGAGUGACAGGGAGAGUUCAUACAGAAGUACAUUGGUGUUUUCAAGCAGUUGCUGACACAACCCUUAGGCACAGCCCCCCCCAAUAUGAGACCUGUACCUGCUGCAACCUGGCUUAGCCUCGACAGAAAAUAAACCACCUGAAAACACCCCAAAUUCAGUUUUCCCUCCCUGUUCUGGUUCUGCCAUUGCUGUGUGCAAGAGAGCUCGUGUGUGUGUGUGUAAAUAUAUUGAACAGAUCCAGCCUCUCCCCUGCAUUUCUGCAGGACCCUGUGCUGGGCUCUGCUUCCUCUGCCCAGACAGGACCCCCAGGGCAGGAAUUUGUCUGCAAAUGCAGGGAUUUGAUGGAAAGCACAGAGGAAGGGGCUGUUUCCCCAGAGUGUUUUCAGUGUGGUGCUGGCAAAGCUGCUGCACUGAGCCAGGGCAGGACUGGCUUUGGGGAAUGCCAGUGGUGUCCCUGGGCUGGUUGUGGUGUCUGUUCCUUCCCAACUUGAAUUAGGCAGGGAUUUAUUUUCUGUCCUCUUAGAGAAUGUUGGUCCAAGGCCCCUCACUGGCAACCUGGAGAGGUGGGUUAAGGUGCCCAGGGAGACCAUUUGGGCUGGGUUUCAUCACAUUCUGGGUGAUUUCAGCAAGGCAAAGUGAGGGUACCUGCCAGGAGCAUCCAUGGGGAUGGGUGUGGGGGUUGCUUUGUGCAGUCCCUGAGAUCAUUUUGCCCUGUGGGGUUGGACCAGCUGGUGCUUUUCAGGGUUCCCCUGCCCUUGCCAAAACCCCUGGUGGGUACUGUUGGGUCACAGGCAGAAGUGAUGGUGUUAGUAACUAUUCCAAAAGUGUGCUCUGUUUAUAUUGAGAAGUUUUUUCCAAUGUCCAGAAGUUUUUUUAGUCUCCUGCUCUUCUGCUUUGACCCUUCUGUGCCUCUUCAGCUGUGAUUAGUGGGACAGAACCUGACCCAAGGCUGGGCAAACCCUGACCCAAGGCUUUGCUUCAGGCUUUGGUUUAUCUGGGCCUUUCUGGAGGGUGCAAGUGCUGGGUGUGGGCACUGGAGGGCAAAGUGGCUCCGUUUAGAGGCUGCCCUGGCUGGGAGAGAAGCAGCAGCAGCAGCAGCUCUGCCUGUGGGUGGCUGCUUCCCUCAUCAGCUUUAUUCCUGCUUCCUUCCCAGCACUGCAGGGAAAGGGGGAACUUCCAAGCCUCUGCUGGUCUGAAGGGCAAGGCUGAGUGGAAAGGGUUUAAGUAUCCUGCAUGGAAGUCUGUUAAACUGAAUGGAAACAGUGGAGGAAGGCAGGGAGAUGGGGGUUGUUAGGAAUAUUUGCAAGUUGUACAGCUGGACCUAGAGAAUCCUGGGGCGCUGUGGGUUGGAAGGAGCCUGAAAGAUGAUCUUGUUCCAACCCCUGCCGUGGGCAGGAAGCCUUUCACUUGGCCAGCUUGCUCCAAGGCUUAUCCAGCCUGAUCCUGAACACUUGCAGGGAUGGGGAGUUCACCACUUGCUGAGAAAAAAAAAAAAGAAGAGUUGUUGUUACUGGCUUUGGUUGUCCCUCAUGUGGCCCCCUCUUUGCCACUGUGUUAGGCCUUGCAGGACCUUGGUGAUGCUGCAGCUCUCGAGAGUUGCAGUUGGGAGGGAGGCUGAUGGAGAGAGGCCAGAGUGACCCCAGGGAUGGCUGGGAAGGAGAUGCCCAAGGGGAGUUUCUCCAGCUCGGGGCUCCAGCUCAGGUUGCACCAUAGUUUUGGUUCCCAGUGGGCUCCAGCACUGGGGAAGCUCUUCCUGCUUGUGCCAAACAAAUAGGAGGAGCAGAGCAAGGGGGAGGUCCUGUGUCAGCUGCAACGUGUGCUUGGGUUGAGAGGAAGAGACGAGUAGGAUGUGGCCAGUGUGGAGCUUCUGAGGGCAGGGACAGGCUGGUGUGGGAGCCACCUCUGCACCAGUGCCACUGGAACAGGCAGAGAGGGACGUGGGAGUGUUUUAUGAAGGGAUGGCACGUGGCUGGAAAGCUGCUUUUGUGUGCAGUGAGGGGCUGGCUGUGCUGGGGAGGGCACUGAGCACCCCCAGGGCUGUUGGCCAGUGGAUGGUUCAGCUGGGCCAUGGGUUUGAUCCCCAGCCUGAGCUGGGACAGGCUGGGUCUGGGAGAUGAGCACCUGGCACACUGGGGUCGGAAUUUGUGUCCCAGAUGAGUGUGCAGAUGGGAUGCAGGGGCCAGCCCGUGGCCCAGAGUGCUCAGGGAAGCCCCAAACCUGGUCUGUGCAGUUGUGUCCUGUGUGAUCAGCCUGUGUUAAACAGAUCCUUUGGGGUGAGGGGCUCGGCAGUGACACCAAUCCCUGGGGUUCCUGGUGGCUCGUGGAGCUGGAGAUCCCCCAGCAUCGCCUAAAACUGUGAAAUCCCAGGAGCCUUUUCCAAGGGAUGUCUCCUGUUUCCAGGAUGUGCAGGGGGCUCCCCCAGACCUGGCCCUGGUGGGAUCCCACCCUCUCCUCCUCCCCCAGCUGCCUGUGGUGGGAGCAGGGCAGAGAGCUGUGUGUCAGCACCCAAACGGCCCCUCUAGCCCCUCCUGGGCUCAGGUCAGUCAUGGAAGGCAUCGUGGGGAAGCUCCUGGGGUUGUCCCCUCCCUGGGGUGGCACUCUGUGCUCCUGUAAUCCCUGUGUGCCCUGUUCUCCAGCCCUGCCGUGUUCCCACCAUCGGCUUCUUUCUCUGUGCGUUGUUCUUUUGGUUCCUGUUUUAGCUGCACACGUAGAGUUGCCUUCCUUUGACCGAAUGUUCGAAUGUGAUAUAUUGUAUAUUUUAAAAGUAUCUACCCUAUUUAUAUACUGUAUGUUACUGUUAAAUAAAUAUAAGUUCCAUUA